AUGUUCGAUUUCUUCGUUGCUUUGAUUAUUUCCUGUCAUUUCUGGCCUUCGACAUAUGCGCUCCGAAAGCCUGACAUGAUCUUGGAACUUCACGCCUGUUCCAUUGGACUAAAUCCUUUUCCAGAGAUCUCAGCAAAUAACCGUGCCGGUUGUCAAAAUCAGGAGUGCAAGAAAAACAAGGACAAGAUCCAGAAGGGUACACUCCGUGUUGGCGUUUGGGUCGAGUCCAGUUCCUUUCAGUCCUGGAUGUGGCGCCACUGGGGUUGUGUGACUCCCCGUAUCAUUCACAAUGCUAUCAUGGACAUUUUUCAGGUGGAUAAGCUCACGGGCAAUGAAAACUUUGAAAAUAUCGAUGGCUGGGAGGACCUGCCUGAGGAAUGGAGAGUGAAGGUCCGCCAGGCUUUAGUCGAUGGCCACGUCCCUGAUGAAGAGUGGAAAGGAGAUAUCGAGAUGAACCGCCCCGGAAAGCACGGCUUCCGGGUCCGUGCCUCAAAGAAGGCCAAGCCUGAAGAGGACGAGGCAACCGCCAUCGACAAAAACGACACUGCACAGACUGAUGAACGUAACGAUAAGGAUCCUACCAAGGAAAAUAAGAAGGCCUCUUACGGCAAGAAGGCGGCUUCCGAUGGCGUUGUGGACACUGCGAUGAACGACAGAGAUGAGGAAUCUGUCAAGCCCAAGCGUGCCACCCGCACCAAAAAAGCCACUGCCGUUGAAAAUCCCAAGGAGGAAUCUAAGCCUGCUACGAAGGCUAAGCGUGCAUCUCAAACCAAGGCCCCUGUUGCUAUCAGCGAGGGUACGGACACUACUGCUCAGCCAAAGAAGCGUGGUCGUCCCGCCAAGACGGGUACCACUGAGACUACUAAGAGUGCUGCAAAGGGAACUAAGCGCAAGGUCACCAGGGAAAUUGCCGAAACUGAUGGUACUGUGGAAAACCCAAAGCGCAGCCGUGGCAGGCCCGCGAAGGCUGAACAGCAGGACUUGGUUCCUGAGAGGCUGCAGCGGAGAGGACGCAAGAAGGCUCAAGAGAACUGA